AUGUCCAAUUCGAACGCUGGUGACGGCGAAAAGCCCCAGAAAGGAGCGGCGCCGACCUUCGCAUUUGGUCAGAAGCCGCAAUUCAACUUUGGUGCCACUACCGCCAAGUCUGACGACAUGAAGGAAGACUCAAACUCGGACAAUACACACACAAAAACAACAGACACAGAGGCCAAACCGGCCUUCGGGAGCGGCGGAUUCUCGUUCGCCAAACCCGCGGAGCCCAAGGAUGGCGACUCCGACAAGAAGGACACAAAACCAAGCCUGUUUGACACCCCGGCCAAGCCCAAGGCCUCUCUGUUCGAUACGCCCAAGGAUUCGGUCCACAAGUCUAGCACCGACAAGCCUACGUUUGGAGGGUUCAAUUUGGGAGAUCAGUCCGACAAGCCGGCUUUCACUGGUUUUGGUGUGAAGAAGGAGGACAAGACUGAGGACAGUAAGGACAAGCCUUCUGGAUUCUCAUUUGGAACCAAGAAAGACAACGACAAGGGAAAUGACAAGAAGGACGAUGAGAAGCCCUCUCUGUUCAGUUCGUCCAGCAUCGACAAGCCUGCUACUGGAGGAUUCCCCAAGCUGUCGUCUGGUGGAUUUGGCUCUCCCUCUGGAUUUGGCACUUCUAGCUCUGGAAUUGGAUCUUCCUCUGGUGUUGCUACUGGCAGCUUCAGCUUUGCAGCCGAGAAGGAGAAGGAAAAGGGAAAGGACGAUUCAAAGCCCACGUUGUCCUUUGGAGCAUUCGGUUCCAAGCCCGAGGACAAGAAGGACGACAAGGAGACUAAGCCGGAGAAGGCCAAGAAAGAUGAUAAGCCCUCUGCUUUUUCGUUUGGUGUCAAGAAUGAAGACAAGACGGCUCCGUCUUUGGAUGUAAAGGAGGACAAAAAGGACGAUAAGCCUGCUUUCUCAUUUGGUGUCAAGAAGGAGGAUGUAAAGAAGGACGAGAAGCCCGCGUUGUCAUUCGGUACCAAGAAGGAGGGUGAAAAGCAGGACGAGAAGCCUGCUUUCUCAUUUGGUGUCAAGAAUGAGGAUAAGAAGGACGGGAAGCCCGCGUUGUCGUUUGGAGCCAAAACAGAGGAUAAGCCUUCUGCGUUCUCCUUCGGUGCUAAGAAGGAGGAUGACAAGAAGGAGGACAAGCCUCCUCUGUCUUCUGGUGGUACUAAGAAUGCGGACGAAAAGAUGACUGACUCCAAACCAGCGCUUUCUUUUGGUGCCAAUGCCCCUACUUCAUCUUCUGCUCCCACUUUUAACCUGGGUGCUAAGAAGGACGACACAAAGACUGCCACCCCUUUCUCUCUCGGUGCCCAGAAGGACGAGACGAAGCCCACGGGUCCUUCCUUUUCUCUUCCUCCGAAGAAGGAGGACGACAAGCCUGCUACAGCGUCUUUCUCCUUUGGAGCUAAGAAGGAGGACGACAAACCUGCGGCCCCAUUGUUCUCUAUCGGAACCCAGACCGAUAACAAGUCUGGCGGUUUCACUUUUGGAUCCAAGGCCGACCCCAAGCCCGUCGUAAGCUUUUCUUCCAAGCCCGAAGACAAGACCGCCACUCCGUCGUUUAAUCUUAAUGCCAAGCCCGACGCUGGUAAGACAGCUGCUCCCUCUUUCAAUCUUGAUGCUAAGACGGAGACCAAACCGUUCAGUCUUGGUUCUGGCACAGGUAACAACACUACCUCUUCGCUAUUUGGAGCCAAGUCGUCAUCUGACGCCCCCAAGCCUUCACCUGGAGGAUUUGGAUCUGGACUUGGUGCCACCUCUUCUGCUGCGCCUCCUCUGAAGACUGGGGGAUUCGGUUUCGGAGCCCCUUUCUCUCCUGCUCCUGCCUCCAAGACUGGCGGCUUUGGCUCCAGCGGACUUGGUGCUCCCAAGUCUAGCGACCGGGCCGGAUCUGCCCCUCCAGGUUUCUCCACUGCAUCUAACGCCCCCCAGAAGUCCAGUUUGUCGACACCCAAUGCCUCUUUCACCACCCCUGGUCAACGAACUGCUCUCAAGCGAAACCUUCUUUUCACAGCCAUCAACGAUACUCUCUAUUACAGCUAUAUCACUGGUGCUCAAACACGUGAGAAGAUUGUCUCGGUUGGAUUCGCGAUCUCCAACAUUCUGCUGAACCCCUCGGGCACUCUGCUGGCUGUUGUUGGUGAAAAGAACGUCUCUGUUGUUCGAAUUAACGACUCCGACAUCGCCAAAUCUUCCGUUCAAGAUGUUUCCAAGCACAUUUCGGCCUCGUGUGUCCGUUAUGUUCUGUGGAACCCUGUCGCAGACCCUGAUGCUACUCUUGAGAUUCUUACCGGCGAUAAUCAGGUCAUUUCUCUUGGUGUCUCGCUGGAGAGCAACAUUGAGAAGUCCGUUUUCGAGCUUGCUGAGGAGGAUGACCGAAUCGACACCAUUGGUGAGGUAAUUUCCUUCUCAUUUGGCCAUUCGUCCGCGGCCAUGGGUCUCCUGACUCUGUAUCUGCUCAACGAGGAUGGCGACAUCUUCUGUCUCUCCCCUUGGAUGCCUUCCUCCGCUCUUCUAACCGAGACUGAGAUCAAGAGCAUCUUGGACCAGGCUGUUUACCUUGAGCAAACCACCAAGGUUUCUUCGGGUCUGCCUCCUCCGGGUGUCACCACUGCCAAGAUGUUCAAGGGCAACCUGGUCUGGUGUUAUGACCUAUGGAGACAGAUUCCCUUGGCCAACAAGGAUGUGCGACACGGAAAUGUGGUAGCUCUGAAGGUUACCAAACCCAAAGCUCCGUUUGGAAACGGCAAGCUCAAGUUUCAAGGUCCCUUUGUGGUGUCUCCCUACCCCAAGGAGAUGUACACGGAGACUGCCAAGCAACUGGUUGCUCUCAAGUCACGUGGAAUCGCCCUUUUUGCAGAGCUCUUUGAGUCUGGCAGAGUCAACAUUCUUAUGUACGCUGGAGGCCCUGUUGUGUGUUCGUGGGAUUCACCUGAUCACAUUUGGGUUGACGAGGAGGAGGAGGAGGAAGACGGUUCCAACGCGCUUGGCCUUCGGGAGAUGGUUCUUCUUGAGACUAUUGAUCUGAAGAGUGCUGCUGUUCUGUCUCAGUGUCUUCACGAUGGCCUUGUUCAUGUGUUAGCGUCUGAUUCCGUCACUCAGGUCGAUACUCGAAACUGGUAUAGAAAGCUUGCUGGAGCUUACGUCGAGCAGGACAUGCAGGUGUUAAGCCAGCUUCAAAACACCAAACUACGCUCGUCACGUGUGCGCAUUUCUCUUGCACCCGACUACGGCGUCUCUACAUUCACAGAGCGUCUCAUCCUUGUGUCAGACCAGGUUUACGAGUGUGAUUUGUCUGUUUCCGAGAACGGUGAUCUUUCUCUUUCGGCUACUGAGUUGGAGAAGGCAUCUUCUAUUCCUGAACUUAAUGUUAAUGUCGCGGCUGAUCACGUCAAGCGAGCUGGUCUGAUCAGUGCUGUCUCACCGGAGAUCAUCCACAAGAUCAACUCUGUCAAGAUUAGGCCCGAUCUACCUGAGAAUUUAUCCUUCUCCAUGUCGGAGAAGUUGCGCGAGCAUCCUGACAUGGUCCAGGUGUUCACUCAGAUUGCUAACCAUUUCUCGAGAGAAAAUCUGAAGAUGGAGGAGGUCACCAUCCUGAUGGAGAGACGCCUAACUAUGCAGAAGAGUGAGUUGCGACGGCAACUGGUUGACUUGGAGGCUGUCAAAUCUCGGUUUGAGAAGCUGUAUAAGCAUUAUGGUGAUACAGACAUGCUUGAGUCUCUCAAGAAGCUCAUUGCGCGUCAGAAGGAUCAUGAGAAGAGGUUCGACAAGUUGCUGACCGACUUGAACCGAUCACAGUCGCUGCCUCUGUCGGAUGCCGAGCGCAAGUGGCAUGUCGAAUUGAACCGGCUCAAGAACAAGCUGCCCGAGUUUGAGAAGCAGACCAAGCAGGCGCAGACUCAGGCGAAGCAGAUAGCCAGCUUCACCAGAGACGCUAACACGUCGUCCAACUCUGUGGAUGCGAUCCAGGGUAUUACUCGGGCUGAGCUAUCUCGAACGAGUUUCAUGCUGGAGGAGGAGGAUAGGGUAGCCGAGCAGACCAAGAAAAAGCUCGAGCAGUUGUUGCACAAGAGUCAGACUCUGCUGGCGGUUCUGAAGGCCAAGGAGGAAAAGUAA